AUGGGGAGAAUUAAGAAGGUAGCCAGCCAAAAGCAUGAGGCUACAAUCUCACCUUUUUUGCAAGAAUUCAUAGCGCAUGCCACAAGUCUUCCCGUUCCAGAGCUCCCGUCGCUUCUCAGCACAUUCCCUAAGCUAUGGCCGUUCCCACGCGGUGAUCUCUACCAUUGGAUCAAUGUCCUGGACCGAUUCGACGAGAUUCUAGCUUCUGCUGUGGAGAAAUACUUCCUGAAUACUGGCCCUCAGACGCAGCUGUUCACCCGCAGUGUUCUGGAGGAAUCAUACUCGGCCGAUGAGAGCAAAAAGCCAGCAGAGGGUGUCGAUGCAAAACUAAAUGCCCUAGGAUACGGCCCUGAAGGAGAUAGAGAGCUUGUGGAAGCAGUUCUUGAUUUCUCCCGUCUUUUGCUCGAGAAAUGUGGGAACCGCAGCCUAUACAGCAGCAGCGAUCGCCUGGGUGACCUAUUGAAUACCACCUCACUCUCUCUCCUACAAUCUACAUUGCGGCUGUCUCUUUGCUUAGCCCAACGGUACCACUCUCGCCAGCGUGGCGCCCAUCAACAGUCCGUAUUGCAGUCCCACUAUGCUCUUGACCUCGAAAAGUUGCAGAAGAUUGCAGCUCCUUUUCCUCGUCCAGUCAUCGCUAGUAAAACACCAUUUGCCGCGUCCCCCGCGGUUUUAGCCAAAGGGAAAGAAAAUACAGCCCAGACAAAAGUUAACGCCAAUGAACUGGUUUCCCUCGUGCGUGAUGACGAUGGCUGGGAGGAAUGGGGAGAUGUCCGAGUUCUUUACUAUCCUUCGGGCUCCGAACAGGCCAGGACGACCUCUGAAGCUGGCCAAAUAGAGCAGGGCUCGCACAUUCCGACCACACCAACCCCAUUGCGACGAAGUGCAACACACCCCACCCCUCAUUCCACCCAGGGCUCAAAUGGAGACGAAUCACCAGCUGUUCCCGGUGGCAAGGUGGAAGAGGCCACGCGAGGCAAAGUCCUAGAGCUUCCCUAUUCAAAGGUUUCAACUGCGAAAGUGGAAGAUCUUCUUGCGGCCAACUUGCCUCAUCUGCCACUUGAAUCAAAAUAUGAGUUGCUUCAAAAACUCCGAGUCGCCAAGGCGUUGACAGCAUCCCGUGCCACGCGACAACAGAUCCUUUCCAUUAAGGCACUAGCAGUAACCAACCUGGCCCAUGUGCAGCCGGAGAGUACCUUCCAGUCAAAGGUUCUACAAUCCGACCUCGAACAACCGAAGCGUCUUCAACUUGCUUACCAGCUUGCUGAAGUUGUUCAUCUCGGUGCCAGUGGCGACCUCGAGGUCUCCCGGUCUGUUCAAACUUUGGCGAUCCAGGCACUGGAUGCGUUGGCCAAGCACAAGACUCGUGCUGUUGAUGUCUGCGCAGCUCUGAGCGUCAAUGUCAACCAUGGAAUUCUCAUGUUCCUGACCCGUAAAAUGGUCAACGAACUAGGCCCUGAGAACAACGACCCGGAUGAUGCCUACUACGAUGAGUGGCGAGAUGCUUUGCUUGCACUCUUACGCACUCUCCCAAGUUCGAGCACACGUACACCGGAGACCCUGGUUGCAGCAGGUCUGAUUCCCAUGUUCGUUGAUAUUUUGAAUCUGCGGACUGAAAAGUCCCGCCGAGUUUAUUCCCGCAUCAUGGAGUUCCUUGACACAUUUGUGCAUGCGGUCCGGGAUGCACUGGCUACACUGACAACGGCAAGAGGAUUUGAUGCCAUGUCUGAUCUGAUUGACCACGAGACCAAGACCGCGUUUGAGAAGGUCAAUCGCGGGGAUGGAUUCCCUGCUCAAUACAAGAACCCUUCGAUUGACUAUCAGAUUCCUUACUUCCAACAGCAGACCCUGCGCUGGAUGUUUCGUUUCGUGAACCAUAUCAUGCAACACAAUGGCGGAGGCUUCGAUCGUGUUCUACGAAACUUGAUUGAUUCGCCUCAGCUGUUGACUUCUCUUCGCCUUGUAUUUGAGAAUGCUCGAGUGUUCGGCUCACAUGUUUGGAGCAAUGCUGUCAACAUUCUCAGCAGCUUCAUUCACAACGAGCCUACUAGUUAUGCUGUCAUUGCCGAGGCUGGCCUCAGCAAGAGCCUUCUUUCUGCCGUCAUGGGCCGUGAACUCCACGUGCUGGAGAAGCCGCCGGCCGUCGAGCCGGAAGACCGCGAGACUGAGCCCGAGACUGAGGGCGAACUCGCCGCCACUCAACCGCCCAGCGCUGAAGCCGCUAUCCAGUCUGAGGAAAAGCAGAAAGAUCGCGAAUAUCCUAUCGUCAGACCCCAGGACACCCCUCUUGCACCUGGCAUAAUGCCCGCAGCCGAUGCUCUUGCUUGUAUCCCUGGUGCAUUUGGUGCCAUCUGCUUGAACUCCUCCGGUUUGGACCUCUUCCAGUCCUCCGACGCACUGGACAGCUUCUUCGAGAUCUUUGAGAACCCUGAGCAUGUCAAAUGCCUGAAGGAUGACCCAGAACUGGUUCGUUCGUUAGGCACAACCUUUGAUGAGCUUGUCCGACACCACCCGGCAUUGAAGACCUCUAUUAUGUCUGCCGUUCUCGUAAUGGCUACUCGUGUCAACAUUCUUGGGCGAGUCAAGGCAUGGGAGUUAGGUAUGGGCACAAAGAUGUGGACUCAAGAUGUGGACGGCAAAACAACUCUUUUAGGAGAUGUCUUUUCAUUGUUCCGAGAGAUCGGUACAGCCGUUGAUGCACCCACAGACGACCCCGCCUCGUUUGGUGCUCCCCAGCUCAACGCGGACACUCUUCCUAACGGCGCUAAGCUUGUCGUUGGGCAUCUGGACCAUGUUCUUCCUUCGCCGGGCCCCGACUUCGAGCCCAAAGAGAAGGAUGCCCAUGGUCUCUCGGCUACGGACUACCUGUUCCCAGCUUUGCGGUUCCUGGGCGCUUUCUUCGAGAACCAGACGAACUGCACAUCCUUCAUCCUCGCCGGCGGCACAGAGUUCUUGUUGGAUCUUGCCACACUCCAAAGCUUGGCAUUUGAUUUCCACAGCACCAACGCCAACCAAGAGAUCACCGUGCUCAUUCACAUGCUCGCGGAAACGAAGCCGCACCUUGUGCUCCCGUCUCCUUCGACGCGCACAGGCAGCACAGACUCCAAGAAACCGGCUCUUGAGCCUACGGCUGCUGCUAAAUCUGGUACAUUCUUCGUGAGGCACUUGAAUGCCGUUCUUCUCCUCACCGACGUCCUACGUGAGGUUUUCGCGUCGCCACUGUACCAAACUCGCGCUGGUCAACCUACCUCCAUCUUUGGCCAAGCCAACCUUACGGACCACUAUUGUUCCCUGAUCUCCUCGUUGAGCAACCUUCUUGCUUCUUGCGUGUGGGAAGGAAUUUUGCUAGAGAAGAACAUCCCUGAGAAGUGGCUGAAAGCUACACAGGCCUCUGCUGAAAAGCAUGGCUCUGGAAAGUCAAAGGCUUCUCCUGUUACUGGGAACCCCCACGAGCCUUCAGCAACGUCUGGCGCCGAACCUCAACAGGAGAGCACUGGUGCACCAGAGACUGCUCCGGCUCAGCCGGGCCAGGGCUCGAGAGAAGACGACACCGAAGUUGAUGAACAGUGUCCUGCUUUCAAGAACGCGCGUACGCUUCGGUAUAUUCUAAGCGCUCUGCCUACCUCGAUUACCGGUUUCUUGCACAACCUCGGACUCGGUAUUAUCGGCAAGAGACGAACAGAUCCGCUUCAGAAACAGAAAGCGAAUGCUAUGCUGGUCUCAGACGCCAUUGCUGAAGGUAUUCUUCGCCAACUGCGGUUCGAACCUGCCAAUUCGAGUGACAGCACCAAGCACCGGUUCGCAUAUCUCAUUGUCAUUCUUUCUCACUUCUCGCACCUUCUCUAUGAAGUCUCGGCAGAGCGUCCAACUCCUAACUACUUGACUUCAGUUCUUAUCUCAUUCAAUAAGAACAACGGCCUUAAAGUGUUAAAGGACAUCUGUGACGUUUUCUUGGCCGACAUCAAGUCCCUUCCAUCUGCGGAGUCCAUUCCCGACCAGGACAAAGAGCUUGCUGACCGGCUUGCAUCUGGGUACGGUGGAAUCAAGAUCAUUCUUGGAUUGUUCGCAGACCUCACUGCUGGGAAAUUCAUCGUGGACUCUAGCCAGACACAAGCCUUGACUUCCCACCCUGAACGGGACCGAGACCGUCCCGAUUAUUUCCAGCCAGGCCAACUCUUGGUGGAACUUCGCAUGGAGAUUUUGCCCAUGGCCAAAGACAUGUGGAACUCGGACUUUGCGACCCAAUCAUCGAGUCCAAUUGUUCGACUAUUGAUUGAUAUCAUGCGGUCUUCCUUGGAUGGGGAAUAUGAGACUGGCGCUGCUCGUAGAGCAGAUACGCCACCCAUGUUGGUAGAGGUGCCCAAGAAGCCAUUCGUCGUGCACACGGAACGAGCGACUGCCUUGCUCGAGAAAGGGUUCAUGGAUUCUGAUCUUAACAAGGAAGCCCUUUAUCGUUGCAACAAUCUUUUGAUGGCGGCUGAGGAAUACUGUAAGGCGCAACAGUGGCUACGAGCCCCUCCCAGGGUCCCGCCGGGUCCCGGCGAUAUCAAAACCGGAGUACCUGAGGCCCCUUCCGGCCUCGACUCCAUCGAGGACCAUGGUCUUGGAGAGGUUCAACCUUUCAAUAACGGCAAUCCGUUAGACGGCGCUGCAACACUCCAAAUGCUUCUGGCUCGAGCAAGCAGACAUGACGGGAUGCAACGUUCUCCUUUCGGCGGCGGCGAUGUUGACUCCGACAUGCACGACGGGUUGGCUAGAGCUCUAGACAAUGUUCUCAACGACAAUGAUGACAUGGAUAGCGAUGACCGAGGGGAGUCAUCGAACCAGCAUCGGUCCGAGAGUCGUAAUAUCGGGACAAGCUCCUCUGAAUCUACCGGGGCCUCCCAGGCAGAACCGGCCAGACGUCGCCACAUGGUCACAAUCGAAGAUCUGGAUGCAGAGAGGCAAAACAUUCGGUCAAACCUGAUCGAUCGCGCCCUGGACAUUCUAAACGAACACCAUGAUGUCUCUUUCGAGCUGUCUGACUUGAUCACCUCAGCUAUCAAGAAGCAUAGCGAGCCUGUUAACUUCCGUCGCGACAUUGGAGAGACUCUCGUUCAAUCCUUAGUGUCCCUGCAGAUGGAAGACUUCCACACAGCUGGCAAAAAGAUUGCGGCCUAUGCACACAUUCUCGCACUGACCCUUCAAGAUCGUGACAUGUACCGCGCCACUCUUGAAGAGCUCAAAGAUUGCUUCUCGACCUUCCUUGGAUUUAUCAAGCUCCCAACACCCGAGAAGGCCGAACAAGAAACCUUCCCUUGGGUUGGACAUGUCCUGCUUAUUCUUGAGAAGCUGUUGUCUGAUGAUUGUCGGCCCCCUGAGGUCGCCUGGCCCCUGCCAAGUCUUGAUGAUCCCAACCCCACCGGCAAUGAACCAGCCCGUCUUGAAGAGCCCUUUGUUGCCCUCGAGAAAAAGACUCGGCUAUUUGAAGCUCUUGUCGAGAUUUUACCCCGAGUGGGCAAGGAUGACACACUGGCACUCUGCAUUUGCCGUGUCCUUGUCAUUCUCACUCGCGAGCGUAGCAUUGCCGCCCGCUUUGGUGAAAAGCGAAACCUUCAGCGCUUGUUUGUGAUGGUUAAGCAACUUUCCAGUGCUACAAAUGAGAAACUCCAAAGCGCCUUCAUGCUGAUCCUUCGUCACAUCGUCGAGGAUGAAGCUACUAUCCGGCAGAUCAUGAGGAGCGAAAUUGUUGCCUUCUUUGAGUCUAAGACUACCCGUCAGAUCGACGUGAGCGGCUAUGUACGACAGAUGCAGCACCUCGAGCUGAGAGCUCCUGAUAUCUUUGUGGAGGUUACAAACGAAAAGCUGCGGUUACUCCGAUAUGACAACCAACGUCCACAGGUUCUUGGAUUAAAGGCCGACAAAGAUCGUCAGCAAAAGCGAGGCAGGCCCGGUGUUCUUCUCGAAGAGCACAGGUCAGAAUCAUCUGCAGCAGGCGACACAUCUGCUCCCGAGGACGCGGACAAGAGCAAAGAGGACAAGGGCAAGGCUCCAAUCAAGGGUGCCGAACUCAAAGCCCCAAUUGUGGAGAACCCGGAUGGUGUUAUUCAUUACCUGCUUUCGGAGCUUCUAUCCUACAAGGAUGUGGACGACAAAGAAGCCGGUCCUGAAUUCCCAGAGCAGGCAGCUGACCAAUCCGAUACUCAAACUGACGUUGACAUGGCUGUGGACGAGCCAACACCUUCAAUUGCGAGCACUGCCGAAGCACAAGCAUCUCGCGGUGCCAAGAAGGCAGAGAAGCCCCAAUUCAAGGCAGAUGACCAUCCGAUUUACAUCUACCGCUGCUUGCUCCUUCAGUGCUUGACGGAACUUCUUUCCUCUUACAACCGGACCAAGGUUGAGUUCAUCAACUUUUCCCGCAAGGCUGAUCCUCUGGCCACUACGCCCUCCAAACCGCGCUCUGGUGUCCUCAACUACAUGUUGAACGUGCUUGUUCCGCUCGGUACCAUGGAGCAUGAUGAGUCUUUGGCGUUCAAAAAGCGCAGCAUCACCUCUACAUGGACUAUGCAAGUGCUUGUUGCGCUUUGCACCAAGACUGGCGAAUUUGGCGGCGUUGGCAAGCGUCGUACUGAGCCAAAGUAUGAAGACGAUGAGCCUGAGCUUGCUUUUGUCCGCCGUUUUGUGCUGGAGCAUGCUCUCCGGUCCUACAAAGAUGCUAUGGCCUCUACCGAACCCCUAGAUGCCAAGUAUUCUAAGCUCAUGUCUCUUGCUGACCUCUUCGAUAAAAUGCUCAGCGGCUACUCAUUCACUAACGACGCGGGCUUCCCAACUUCAACCAGGCAGCUCGCGAAGACCAUGUUUGAAAAGAAUUUUAUCCCCGCGCUCACUUCGUCGGUCGCCGAUGUCGACUUGAAUUUCCCAUCCUCCAGGCGUGUCAUCAAGUAUAUUCUUCGUCCACUGAAUAAACUUACCCAGACUGCCGUACUUCUCAGCGAGAACUCGGACAUCACUAUCCAAGGUGAUAACGAGGACGAUGAUAUCUCGUCGGCAACUUCCGUUUCUGACAUGGAAGAUGAACGCGAGGAAACACCUGACCUCUUCCGCCAUUCUACUCUUGGCAUGCUAGAACCUCGUCAUGACGAGGAAGAGAGUAGCACCGAAGAAUCGGAGGGUGAGGACGAUGAGAUGUACGAUGAUGAGUACGACGAAGAAAUGGACUACGACGAGGAUGUCGCUGAAGAUGAUGGUGAAGUCGUCAGUGACGAAGAUGACGAUGGCAUGGGUCCAAUCGAAGGUCUUUCCGGAGAUGCAGUCGAAGUCAUCCUCGACGAAGAUGAUGACGAGGACGAGGACGAUGACGAUGAAGACCACGACCAUUCGGACAUGCAUGAUGACAUGUAUGACGGAGAAAUCGGCGGUGACCGAGACAACGAAAGCCUCGGAGAUGGCGAAGAGGACGAAUGGGAAAGUGAAGAAAUGACCGAAGACGAAGAGGAGGUCGAGAUGAUGAACCAAUUCGAAGACGAAAUGGCCGACAUGAGACAAUCCACCCGACACCAAGGUGAAGACCAACAUCUUGGCGACCUAUUCCGUGCCCUCAGUGGUUCCAAUGUCGAUAAUAUUCAUGGAGAUGGCCUAGGUGGUGACAUUCACGAAGAAAUCCUUGAUGACCUCGAUGAAGACGGUUUGUUCCUCCUUACUCUGCUGGCGCAGAUCCCGCUGCCACAGCCAACGUUGCUGACAUCCGGUCCAGUCGAAGACGAAGAUGAAAUGGAUGAACUUGACGAGGACAUGGACGACUUCGAUGAGGAACAAGGAUCUUAUGGGGAUAUGGAAGGUGAGUUCAACGCUCCCAAUGAUUUUCUCGCAUCAUUGCUGACUCGCUUAGAAGAUGAUGAUCUUCUUGAGCCAUGGGGAUGGGAAGGCGAUGAACCUCCAAUGGCCCGAGGACAUCCCCAAUCCCGUUUCCGCGGAGGCGCACCACCGGCUUGGGCUACCGUCACUGAAAUCAUGCCGGGUCGCCCAUCUGGUCUUGUUCCUAUCCAGCCUUACCACCGUGUCCACCGAAACCAGAUCCCAUCCCGCACCAACGACGAUGGCAUUAAUCCUCUUCUUGUCCGGACUGACCGCCCAGAUCCUGCCGUUCCACCUCGGGCUGCUGCUGAUCCUUUCGCCGAUUGGGGCCAGACUAUGGACCCUGCAGGUGGCCGGGUUGUUGCCAUGGAUAGCCCAAUCAGCUUCAUGAAUGCCAUUAUGCAAGCCAUUGGUGGACAGGCGGCACCAGGCUUCGGCGUUGUCACUCGCCCUGAUGGUAUUCAUGUCCAUGUCGACCGACGGGCAGUCUUGCCUGGUCGUAUCCAAGAUAUGCUUGGAAUCCCCCGAGGAGCAGGCCCUCCAACUCGCACUCGCGGCGACGACCCUCACACUGCCGUCAAGUUUGGUCUUGGUACCACCAGAAACCGCUGGCAAGAAGAGGCCCGCAUUACUCUUGGUUCCCCUGCCAAGGAGGAGGAGAAGCAGCGCCUGAAGCUCGCAGAAGAGGAACGCAAACGUCUUCAAGCCGAACGGGCUGAAAAAGAACGCCAGGAUCGCAUUGCCGCCGAAGAAAAACAGCGCGAACUUAAGCAAAAGGAGGAGGAAGAAAAUGCCCGACUACAGGCAGAGAAAGAACAACAGGAAGCCGAGCGUCGAGCUGCCGGGGUCGAUGAGCCCAUGGAAGAUGUCCAAGAAACCGAUACUGCAGUUGAGACAGCUGGCCCAUCUCAACCCGAAGCGCAGCCCGCUGAACCUGCUCGUCGAGUCUACACGAACAUCAGGGGCCGUCAAGUUGAUAUCACAGGUCUUGAGAUUGAUUCAGAAUAUCUGGAGGCUCUGCCUGAGGAACUUCGGGAGGAAGUCAUCAUGCAACAGCUUGCUGAACAUCGGUCACAGGCUGCCGCCGCGGGUGAGGAGGAUACUGAGAUAAACCAAGAAUUCCUUGAGGCCUUGCCUGCUGAGAUCCGUGAAGAAUUGCUGCAACAAGAAGCUGCCGAUCGACGCCGGCGGGAACGUGAGACCGCGCGACGACAGGCGGCCGCUGCUGGUGGUGCUGGCGCUACAGCUAGCACUCAACCGGCGGAAGAAAUGGAUGCUGUCAGCUUCCUUGCCACUCUCGAUCCCUCUUUGCGCCAGGCUGUUCUGGCAGAUCAGCCCGAGGAUGUUCUCGCAACCUUGGGUCCAGAGUACGUGACCGAGGCCCGUGGUAUGGGCGGUAGCGGCCGACGCAUGGCCCAGUUCGGUGACCUGAGUGCCAUUGAUCCCCGGCAGAGAAUUGAGCCUGCUGCAGGUCAAGAGCCAAAGAAAGAACAGAGACGCCAAAUUGUUCAAAUGCUCGACAAGGCUGGCGUUGCAACCCUUCUACGCCUGAUGUUUAUGCCUCUCCAGGGCAACGCUCGCCAUCAAUUGAAUGAUAUUCUUCACAAUGUUUGCGAGAACCGCCAGAACCGGAGUGAAGUGAUCAGCGUUCUUCUUUCGAUCUUGCAGGAUGGCAGCGUCGAUUCCACUGCGAUUGAACGCAGCUUUUCUCAUCUUUCUCUGCGUGCAAAGGCACCAGGAAUACAGAAGACGCCGCAGGCUAAGCGAACACUCGCUCUCCAAACGGCUUCGAGCGUCAGCAGCGAAGUGACCCCAAUUAUGGUCAUCCAACAAUGUAUCGCCGCGCUGUCUUUCCUUUCGCAGUUCAACCCCCACAUUGCUUGGUUCUUCCUGACAGAGCAUGACUCUGCCUCAGCUGGUAAACUCAAGUCCUUGCGCAAGGGCAAAGGCAAAGAAAACCGAGCUAACAAGUUUGCUCUGAAUGCCCUGCUUUCUCUUCUUGACCGCAAGUUGAUAAUGGAAAGCCCUAAUUGUAUGGAGCAACUGUCCAGCCUCCUUAGCAGCAUCACACAGCCAUUGACCGUUCUCCUCCGUCGUGAGAAGGAGAGACAGGAAGAGGGCAAGGGCAAGGAGCCGGAGAGACCUCAAAUCGAAGCGCCUGCCGAUCAAGCUGCCGAGGCUGCCGAUUCCAGUAUGGACACAUCCAUGACCGAUGCUCCGCUUCCCACUGUGGAAACCCCUGGAGCCCCUGGCCAAGAGACCGCAGAGGUUGAAGAGGCUACUUCAGCUGAAGCCAAGCAACCUGAAGAUUCCAAGGAGCCCGCCGUGGACGAGAAGCGCAAGAAGCGAACCAUCGAGCCUCCUGUCGUUCCGGAUCACAACUUCCGACUGGUCGUCCACAUCCUCGCGGCUCGUGAGUGCAAUGGCAAGACAUUCCGCGAUACACUUUCCACCAUCAACAAUCUUUCCGCUAUCCCUGGAGCUAGAGACGUGAUCGGCAAUGAGUUGGUUGCUCAAGCGCAGGCCCUUAGCGAUACCAUCCUGGGUGAUUUGGAGGAUCUUCUCCCUCAUAUCCACCAGGCCAGGACUGGUACCGACAUGCAAGGUCUUGCUCUAGCCAAGUUCUCCCCAGCUAGCUCAGACCAGGCGAAAUUACUACGUAUCCUGACCGCGCUUGAUUAUCUGUUUGACCAGGCACGAGCCGACAAGCUCAAGGAUAUUGAGCCAUCCGCUCCCAAGGAGGAUGUGCUCAAAAAGCUCUAUGAAAGCGCUACUUUCGGUCCGCUUUGGAACAAGCUGAGCGACUGCUUGACUGUCAUUCGGCAGAAGGAAAAUAUGCUGAACGUGGCAACUAUUCUCCUCCCUCUCAUUGAGGCAUUGAUGGUCGUCUGCAAGAACACCACGCUAAAGGACCAGCCGCUGUCUCGCAAUAGCCGCGAAUUGUCAGUCAACAGCAGCGCCCCAACUGAUGCUGGUCUCAGCAUGGAAAACAUCUUCUUCAGGUUCACCGAAGAACAUCGCAAGAUUCUCAAUGAGCUCGUCCGCCAGAACCCUCGCCUGAUGAGCGGCACAUUCUCCCUAUUGGUCAAGAACCCCAAGGUCCUGGAAUUCGACAACAAGCGCAACUACUUUACUCGGCGUGUGCACUCCCGUGGCGCCGAGCCUCGCCACCCUCAUCCUCCUCUUCAGCUCUCUGUGCGCAGAUCUGAGGUUUUCCUUGACUCUUUCAAGUCCUUGUACUUCAAGAGCGCAGAUGAGUUGAAGUAUGGCAAAUUGAAUGUACGAUUCCAUGGCGAGGAGGGUGUCGAUGCUGGUGGUGUCACCAGAGAAUGGUUCCAGGUUCUUGCCCGCGGAAUGUUCAACCCCAACUAUGCUUUGUUCAUCCCUGUCGCCGCAGACCGGACUACCUUCCACCCCAAUCGUCUUAGUGGCGUCAACUCGGAGCAUCUCAUGUUCUUCAAAUUCAUCGGGCGGAUCAUUGGCAAGGCCUUGUACGAAGGCCGUGUUCUUGACUGUCACUUCAGCCGCGCAGUCUACAAGAAUAUCCUCGGACGAUCCGUGUCUAUCAAGGACAUGGAAACGCUCGACCUGGACUACUACAAAUCCCUUCUGUGGAUGCUGGAGAACGACAUUACCGAUAUCAUUACUGAGACAUUUGCCAUUGAAACGGAUGACUUUGGCGAGAAGCAGGUCAUCGACCUGAAGCCCGGUGGUCGCGACAUUCCCGUUACACAGGAGAACAAGGAGGAGUAUGUUCAGCGCGUGGUCGAAUAUCGCCUCGUCGAAUCGGUUCGCGAGCAACUAGACAACUUCCUCAAGGGUUUCCACGAAAUCAUUCCUCCCGAGUUGAUCUCCAUUUUCAACGAGCAAGAGCUGGAACUUUUGAUUUCUGGUCUUCCUGAGAUCGAUGUGGACGAGUGGAAGAACAACACCGAGUAUCACAACUACUCCGCGUCCUCCUCGCAGAUCCAGUGGUUCUGGCGUGCCGUCCGCUCAUUCGACAAGGAGGAACGUGCCAAGCUUUUGCAGUUCGUCACUGGAACCAGUAAAGUACCUCUCAAUGGUUUCAAAGAACUUGAGGGUAUGAACGGUGUGAGCAAGUUCAACAUCCAUCGCGACUAUGGCCAUAAGGAUCGCCUUCCUAGCUCGCAUACCUGUUUCAACCAGCUUGAUCUUCCUGAGUACGAAAGUUACGAAGAUCUCCGUCAACGUCUUUACACGGCCGUGACAACUGGCAGUGAGUACUUCGGGUUUGCCUAG